CUGGAAAGCAGGUCCUGAGGGCGCGUCUCAGGAGAUCCCCAAGUAUAUAACUGCUGCUACAUUUGCUCAGGCUCGAGCAGCUGAGAUCAGUGCUAUGUUAAAAGCCGUCGCCCAGAAGUCGUCUAAUUCACUGGUUUUCCAGACUCUUCCACGACACAUGCGACGAAGAGCCAUGAGCCACAACGUCAAACGCCUCCCUAGACGGUUGCAGGAGAUGGCCAAAAAAGAGGCAGAGAAAGCUGCUCACCAGAAGAAAGAACAAUCGAAAAAUAAAUGCCACAAAGCCCGGAGAUGUCACCUCAACCGGACUCUGGAAUUCAACCGUAGGCAGAAGAGGAAUAUAUGGCUGGAGACCCGAGCCUGCUAUCGAGCCAUGACAAACCUCUGCCUCCUGCAGGACUUAUCAUAUUACUGCUGUUUGGAGCUGAAAGGCAAAGAGGAAGAAAUCCUGAAGGCUCUUUCUCAGAUGUGUAGCACAGACACAGGACUGACUUUUGCUGCAGUUCAUUGCUUGUCUGGGAAGAGGCAAGGGAGUGUCAUGCUCUACCAGGCAAAUAAGUAUCCCAGAGACAUGCUUGGGCCCGUUACGUUUGUCUGGAAGUCUAAGACGACCCCGGGGGAUUCUUCCGAGGAUAGGCAGUUGUGGAUCUGGCUUCAUCCAACUCUUAAACUGGCUGUUCUGGAGGAAAUGAAAACUACGUGCCAGUGUUCAGAACCUGUCACUUCAAGUGUCUGUGUUCCUGACCCACUCCUGACACCAGCCCAAGAAGAAAGUCAGCCUGAACUAACUGAUGACAAAAUUGGCAAGAAAAGAAAAAGGAAAGACAAUGAAAAAAGUGCUCAACGAACUAAGAAAACUAUUGGUGAUGGGACUAGAGACCCGUGUCAGCCACGUUCGUGGGUCUCUCCUACCACAGGGAUUGUCAUCAGUGAUUUGACAAUGGAGAUGAAUAGGUUCCGGCUGAUUGGUCCCCUUUCCCACUGUAUCCUGACCUCGGCACUGAGGGCUGCUCCUCUGCACACAGGGGAAGAGGAUGCAGAGGAGACACCCCAUCACUGGUGGACUGACACUUCCAAGAGCUCUGAUGGAGUUUUCCUUCAUCAAAGACAAGAAGCAGUGUUUCAGUUGUUGGGAGGGAUAUCGUCACCAGCGGAAAUCCCUGCAGGUUCUAUUCUGGGAUUGACAGUUAGGGAUCCGAGAGUCAAUUUGCCUCCACAGCGGUCCAGAGCUUUGCCACAUCUGGAAAGAUACAGAGAUGAUGAGCAAGUCAGACAGCUGCUCCAGGAGGGUGUGCCCUUGGAGUGUACGCAUAGCUUUAUCUGGAACCAGGAAAUCUGUAGCAGUGUCACAGAGAAUAAAAUCCCGGAUCAGGAUUUAAACCGGAUGAGAAGUGAAUUGCUGGUGCCAGGGUCACAGCUUGUUUUAGGGCCUCGUGAAUCCAAGAUACCUAUCCUUUUGAUCCAGCAGCCAGGAAAAGUGACUGGCAAAGAUCGCCUGGGCUGGGGAAGUGGCUGGGACGUCCUGCUUCCCAAGGGUUGGGGCAUGGCUUUUUGGAUCCCAUUCAUCUUCCGAGGUGCAAGAGUUGGGGGUUUAAAAGAGGCUACGGUGCAUUCUCAGUAUAGAAGGUCACCUAACAUCCCCGGCGAUUUCCCAGACUGCCUUGCUGGGGUUCGCUUUGCUGAAGAACAAUCUAAGGAUCUUCUGGAAAAGUAUAAAAGACGCCCUCCUGCCAAAAGGCCCAACUAUGUUAAGCUUGGCACACUGGCACCGUUCUGCUGUCCCUGGGAGCAGCUGACUGGGGAUUGGGAGUCCAGGGUUCGGGCCUCAAUGCCUGGUGCCCAGGACGACCCAAGACGACUCGAAGUGCCUAGUGUCCCCGGAGAGACCUGUCAGCCAUCUAACGAGGCAGGCAUAUCUGAAAACCAACCCACGAAGCCAGAAGUCACAGGCUGUGAGGCACACACAGGGACUGAAGUAGUCCUGGGGCAGGGUGCCAGUGAGAACCACGCUGCUGCCACCGGUAGCCAGCUCUGUGUUCUUAGGAAUAGGAAAUUACUGAGGCAGCUUUCUGCUUGGUGUGGGCCGGGUUCUGAGGCCAGGCGGGCUCCCUGCAGAGGCCAGCAAGAAGAAUUGACCAGAAAGGCCUGCUUGUCCAUUCUGGACGAAUUCCCCAGAGCCCUGGUGUGGGUCAGCCUGUCCCUGCUCAGGAAGGGCAGCCCGGAGCCUCAAACCAUGAUCUGUGUCCCAUCCGAGGAGGACCUGCUCCAGCUCAGUCAGGAUCAGGGUUAUCAUGGACCCCGGGAAUCUAAACACAGCGACCCAUUUAAGAGCCUGAUACUGAAACAGAAAGAAAAGAAGAAAAUGGAGAAGCGGAGGAACCGAGAGCUCACAGCCCCCGAGGGCCUGGCAGCAGGGGCUCCUACAGCUGGACAAAAAGCUCUGACCAAGGGGCUGUGGUCAGGGCCCCUCCCAGGACUGACCUCACACUGCUCCCGACUCCUCCUGGGCUUUGUCACGCAGGGGGACUUCUCUAUGUCUGUUGGCUGUGGAGAAGCCCUAGGGUUUGUUAGUGUGACCGGCUUGCUGGAAAUGCUGUCCAGCCAGUCGGCAGCCACGAGAGGACUGGUGCUGCUGCGACCUCCUGCCUCUCUGCAGUAUCGGUUUGCAAGACUUGCCAUCGAGGUGUGAAUUCGGGGUCACAGCAUGGUUGGACAUAGAUGAUAGCUAUUUUUUGCCAAGUCCCAUAUAGUGUGCUGGUUGUCUUUGCCGUCUGUUUUAAGACUACAGUGUGAAACUGCUUAGAAACAAGAAUUAAAAUUAUAUAAUGCUGUGGAUGGUGAUCUCUUUACCUUAUCCUGAUAAUCUGAGUGUCUCCAUCUUUUCCUGUCCUGGGAGUAUGUCUGCUUGUUUAACAUGUUAGUUGAACAUUAAA